AUGGUUCAAAUAUUAUCUCAAAGCCCUGCCUCUUCGUCUUUUUCCCCACCCAACAUAGUUGUGGUGGGAGGUGGUGCGAGCGGACUUGCAGUACUCCUUCAAUUGAUUGAGAGGGCUAAAAGCGGUAGCCAGUUUGGAAGAGUUAUCGUGUUGGAAAAGAACAAAAUCCUUGGUCCGGGUCUGGCCUACUCAGAUGCCUGUACUGGUACGGUAUUGAACAUGCAUACCGAUACAAUGGGCCUAUACUUCGACCAGCCGCGCCAUUUUUCUCAAUGGCGAACAUCUUUCAAAGAAGGCGACUUUCCCUCGCGGCAAAACUACGGGGAUUACCUUCAAGCUACCUGGGCCCAAGCAAUGGACGCAGCUCAGCACACUGGAUUGACGGUUACUGUUGUUCAUGAUGAGGCCAAAGAGAUCGACAAAGGGGAUGAUGGCACCUUUUCCUUGACACUUGGAAAUGGAACACGCCUCAUGUCGCCGGUCGUUGUCUUAGCUCUGGGGAAUUUCACCUCGGUUUUUAAUUCCCAUCUCAUCAACCUACCCGGAUUCUUUCAGAGCCCAUGGCCCCUGCCCCAGCUAAAAGCCAUCCCACCUGAAUCUUCUGUCAUUAUCGUGGGCUCGCGAUUGUCUGCAGUGGAUGCUGCCACAUACCUCUCCGACAACGGCCACCAAGGCACUAUCACUUUGAUUUCACGUAGUGGUCGUCUGCCUAAAGUCCAAGGAGACCAGACUACCUAUCCACGUCGUUAUGCAUUACAUGAGCUUGCAAAACAGAUUGAAUUUGAUCCUCAUGAUAGCCUUCUUCAGGUGAUGAGUGGCUUAAUGGAUGAGCUGUCACAAGCCACAAACGGUGACUGGAGCUGGAUUCUAGAUGAUUUAUGCCCAGUGAAGCAGAUACGACAUGAUAUCAAGGCUGCUCUCACCGGUCAAGUCCAGUGGCAGGCAGUCCUACGAGGAACAGCUCCAGUCAUUGAGCGAUACUGGAAUUGUUUGUCUCCAACGAGCCAACAGCUAUUCAUGGAGAAAUAUCAUAGUGUCUGGAUGAGGUUCCGUCAUGGAAUGCCCGUGCAAAAUGCACAGAAGGUACUCAGGAUGCUGGAAAGCUCCCAACUACAAGUCCUUCAAGGAGAUUCGGUGAAAUGGGACGGCACGUUCAAAGCACAGACUUCCGCUGGCAUUGUCGAGGCCCCGUACGUAAUUGAGGCCACUGGCCAAGAGUGCAGACUAGAGCGCAUCCACUCGCCCCUUCUCCAGUCCGCACUAAAGAACAACCUUAUCACGGCUCAUCCUAAUGGUGGAAUAGCCGUCGACUUUGAUGGCUUGAGGGCUUCACCGGGGCUUUACGCAAUCGGGUCCCUGACUAGUGGCACACAUUUAUACGUGAGUGCCAUCGACCGGAUUGCGGCCCAUGCUGCUCGGAUCUCCUACAGUUUGACGCAGAACCCUAGUGUGCAAUCAUUGCAUGUGGCAAUCUUCUGUGGGUCCGAUCUUUUCUCGCACCUCAUGGUUAGCAGUUUAGUCCCUCAAAUUCUCGCUGCCGGUCAUGUCCCUUUUGUCUACCUGCCCAAACACAAGAGCAGCAGCAGCACUAUUUCAUUUGAUCUCCGAGAGCUGGCCUUUUUUGAACGAGAAUUGCUACAGCAGUACGUUCGGCCUUACUUCAAAGAUGGGGCCGUCGAAGGUACCACAAAAAAAACAGUGGACCAAAUCCGGACCACAUACGGAAUUCUUGUUGAAGAGGUACCCAACGUCAACAAGAUGUCCUUCAUCCAGACACUUGCCAGACACCACAUCAGCAUUGGUUUAUCAAUCCGGUGCUACCAGCGCUUCAAAUCGGACAUCAUUCGCUACUUCUCAAAGCCUCGACUUUUACUCAACCUCCACCCUGGGGUGCUUCCUGCUUACCGCGGAGUCAUGACGACUGUCCGGGCUAUGAAAAACAAGGAAAUUUACUUCGGAUAUUCCCUUCAUGCCAUCGACGAGAACUGGGACUCGGGGAUGUAA